UCCAUCAGAAGCAUGCCGCGCCCGGGCAGGAACACGUACAGCGACCAGAAGCCGCCGUACUCCUACAUCUCCCUGACCGCCAUGGCCAUCCAGAGCUGCCCGGACAAGAUGCUCCCCCUCAGCGACAUCUACAAGUUCAUCAUGGACCGCUUCCCGUACUACCGAGAGAACACGCAGCGGUGGCAGAACUCCCUGCGCCACAACCUCUCCUUCAACGACUGCUUCAUCAAGAUCCCGCGCCGGCCGGACCAGCCCGGCAAGGGCAGCUUUUGGGCUCUGCACCCGAACUGCGGCGACAUGUUCGAGAACGGGAGUUUUCUGCGGCGCCGGAAGCGCUUCAAAGUGAGCGGCAUGCAGGCGUGCACGGACACGCUGGUGGCCAGCAAGCCGCAGGACGCCGCGCACUACCUGCAACAGCAGCAGGCCAAGCUGCGCCUGAGCGCGCUGCACGCCGCCGCACACCUGCCGCAGAUUCCGGGCGGCUACAACCUGGGCCCGGUGCCGCAGCCGUCCGGCUUCAAACACCCGUUCGCCAUCGAGAACAUCAUCGCCAGGGAGUACAAGGUACCGGGCGGGCUGGCGGCCUUCUCCGCCGGCGGGUACCCGCUCCACGGGCAGCUCACCCCGGCUUGGCCGCACGUGUACAGCUCUGGGAUGAUGGACACGGCGGCGCCCAUCUCCAUGGCGACCAGCGAGUACCCCACCUACGGCAUGCCGCUCAAGACCCUCUGUCACGGCGGACAAAAUCUCCCCGCCAUCCCGGUGCCCAUCAAACCCAGCCCGGCCUCGGUGCCCGGUCUGCACAUCCCGGCAUUCCUCGCGAACUCACCUCAGUCCCUGAGCCCCACGUCCCCGCAGGCAGCCACCGGUCAGAGCAGCCCCGCUGCGCCGGGGGAGGCGCUGCCCUCCGCGGCCUCUUCGGCGCUGCGGUCCGCCGUGGCGGUGCACUGACGGAACCGGGUCCGUUUUGACCC